AUGGCUCCCGUAGGGAUAAUGGCUCGACUCAAGAGUCUAUACUCCAAGCAGGAUGAACCUGCCCUGUCAGAACGAACGGUCGCUUUUCUAUCUGUCAUCCUCACACUACUCUACGUGCUACCAUUCUAUCUCUCCCCAACAACCCGCCCAUCUCCAAGUCUCAGUCGCGAUGCCCCGUCCGUGAUUCGCGCCCGCAUCCGCGCCGUCACGGGCUCAUGUAUCGUAAGCUCAGUCCUCGUCCUCUGGGUCAUCGUUGAGGAGGAUAAUUCCUCUCUCGGCGCCGGUCUCAGACUCCUCGGCUGGUGGCCCGUCGGCCUGUUGGAGACGCUUCGAAGUCUUUUCCUAACCGCCAUUCUAUUCCUCGGCCCGCUCUUCGAGCGUGGCAUUGUCGAAGGCGAAUGGAAGUUCUGGUUCCGGCCUAGUAAGCUCUCCGAGAGUCUGGGUGGCUGGAUUGGAUGGAGGAAUUUUGUUGCGGGCCCCUUCACAGAAGAAGUCAUGUUCCGAUCCGCGAUGGUACCGCUACAUUUACUAGCACACACCUCGCCGGGCCGAAUCGUGUUCCUGGCACCGCUGUAUUUCGGCAUCGCGCACGUGCACCACUUCUACGAGUUCUGUCUGACGCACCCGGACACGCCGGCGCUGGCCGCGCUACUGCGGUCGCUCUUCCAGUUCGGCUACACGACUAUCUUCGGCUGGUAUGCGACUUUUGUCUAUUUGCGGACGGGCUCGUUGCUGGCCGUUGUUGUCAUCCAUAGCUUCUGUAACUGGUGUGGAUUACCGAGGUUCUGGGGCCGUGUGGAGGCUGCUGAGUCGAUUGGUCCUCCUGUGACUAGGAGUAAGGAGGAUCCUGAUGAUGUCAAAGUUGGGGUGAGAGGGGAUGGGGGUUUGGGUAUUGGGUGGACGGUUGCUUAUUACGUGCUUCUUGUUGCUGGGGCGGUUGGUUUUGCUCAGGGUUUGUGGCCUUUGACUGAGUCUUAUCAUGCUCUAGUUUCGUUUUCGGGGAAGUCGAAUUAG